CGCCGUCACCCCGCGCCGGUAGGACGCCCGCAUGCUGCCCGUCUGCGUCGCGAGUGCGCGUGUGUGAGUGUGUCUGUGUGCGUCCUCACUGCGCUCUGCAGGCACCGUGUGCGUCCUCAGAGCCAAGGGUUGUGCGACCUGGAGCCGCCAGGGUUUCCUCCAGGUGCCUCCUGCAAGUGUUUCGGCCCGUUUUCGUUUGUCGCCCUGCGCACAGGUGUGUGAGUGUGAGAGAGAGACGGCGAGAGUGUAGCUUGUGUGUCUGUGUGUGUGAGAGAGUGAGAGGGGGAGUCCUGCAGCUGCAGCUGCACCCAGCUUGGAUACCGAGUGAAUCGCAGCGGUCGGAUACCCGCGUAUCCAGCGCGUCGCUCUCCAGCCCAAGAGGACCUGCAGCGCUGGGAGCCCCUCCUGCCCCUCCCGCCGCGCCCCGCCACGCCCUGCAACAGGUCCAUCUGACAUGAACUGGAAGGCCAAGGUGUAGACUGUUUUCAACGACGAUCAGCGACCACCCGGCAGUGAUUCCCUCUACCGCUGCUGCCGCCGCCACCGCCGCCGCCCCACUCCACCUCUCACCGCUGCCGCCGCACCGGUCGCUCGGCCCGGCCGGCCGCUGCCGAGCUCAGUCCUCUGCCAUGAGUCAUGGUGUGAGCGUGCCGUGAGCCCCCCGCAGCCGCCGCCGCCGCCGCCGCCAUGAGCGUGCCCGUCGUGCCCCUGGUGCCCACGGUGCCCGCGCCCGGCGCCGCGCUCCUGCCCGUCGUCGUGCCCAUGUCCCUGCCGGCCGAGGCCGCGCGCGGGCUGCGCCUCGUCGUCAACCCCCAGGAGUGGGCCCAGGUCCGCGCCAAGCGGGAGGACCCGCCCGCCCCGCUGCGCAGGACCUCCGCGUCGGCGUCCGCGGCCUCCGUCCCGACCAGCCGCCGGUCCAGCGACGAUGUGGACACGGUGGACUACCCCCUGACGCCGACCACCCCCGAGUCUCCCGACACCCACGUGCAGAUCUUCGAGUACCUCAAGACGAAUUGCCGAACGGAGGAAUACGUCGACAAGAUAGUGCCGAGCCUCGUGCGGGACCCUCGGAGCCUCAAGGACAUCCCCGAGAUGUCCAGGACGCUGACGGGGUUGCCGGACGUCAGGGACGACAAGGACAUCCUGCAUGACCUGGGCCACAAGAGCGUCCAGGAUGGCGACGAAGACGACGACGCCGACCUCGCGCGGCCGCCCAAGCCCUCCGUCGUGUCGCUGCCCGUCAACCUGCUCCGCUACCUGGACGAGUCCCGGUGCACCACCCCGCACCAGCCCGGCCGCCGGAGGAUGUCGUCGCUGGCCUCGACGCUGUCCCUCUCGCAGCUGUCGCAGCGGCUGCCCCUGCCGCGCCACCUGCGCCAGUUCACCGUCAAGAACAUCAAGAUGAGCCUCAACAAGCUGUGCCGGCGACGGUCCGUCGUCAUCACGGAGAGCGACCCCACCUACAAGGUGGCCUACCUUGGCAACGUGCUCACCGGCUGGGCGAAGGGCGAGGGCUGCGCCGAGAAGCCGCUGUCGACGCUGUGGAAGAACUACACGGCGUCCAACAAGCCCGACGUCAACAUGAAGGUGGCGGUGACGAGGAGCGGGCUCAAGGCCACGACGCGCGAGCACGGCCUCACCGAGUACUGGAGCCACCGCAUCACCCACUGCGCCGCGCCCGCCGCCUUCCCGAGGGUCUUCUGCUGGGUGUACCGCCACGAGGGCCGCAAGCUGAAGCAGGAGCUGCGCUGCCACGCGGUGCUGUGCGCGCGCGAGGACCAGGCGCGCCGCAUGGCGCAGCAGCUCACCGAGCGGCUGGCGCUGGCGCUGCUCGAGUUCCGGAGGGACAAGCAGAGCCGUGAGCAGGCGCGCCUGUCGCUGGCCAACGCCCUCCACGACAACCCCUCGCUGCCGCAGCGCAAGCUGCUCCUGUCGACGGGCGCGUCCAACUACCGACCGCCGCUCGAGCGCUCCAAGUCGGCGCCCAAGCUCAGCUCCAUCGAGGAGGUCGCCGAGGAGGACGAGGCCGGCGGCGUGCUCGUGUUCGGCCACCCCCACGCCGUGGCGCGCUUCCUGCGCGAGGAGCGCCUCGCGGGCGCGCGGCGCCAGCGCUUCCGCGAGAGCCUGCGCCGCAAGAUCGCCGCCCGGCUGUCCGAGGAGGCCGAGGAGCCCGAGGACCCCUUUCGCGAGGACCCCCGCCGCGAGACGCUCACCGUCGUCAGGGUCAACUCGAUCGAGGAGGUGCCUGACCCAGACCCGGCGCCCCCCGGCGCGCGGGAGCCCCCUCUGCCCCUGCACCACCACCAGCCCCCUGCAGGGGUUCCCGCCGGCCCCGCCGGCCCUAAGGCGCGCACCUACCUCCUGGACGCCGAGGACACCGCCGAGAGUGACGAGGGCUCCAGUAGUCUGCAGAGCAUCUCCUCGGACGGCACCACCUCCUUGACACACUCGCACAGCCGCACCGACUCCGGCGAGGACUUCUGCCUGGGUGCGGACGCGCUCAAGACGUCGCAGCACCUCCCCGACCACGACGACGGCAUGGUUUCGUCCUGGGAGGGCGCGGCUCUGGCCAUGGCGCUCGCAGGACGUGCUGAGCGGGAUGUCCUAGCAGAGGGGGACGACUUUGACGACAACGUGAGCGACGAGAGCGGCUACGUAGAGGCGCCGUCAGAGGCCAGCGAGGCCCUGCACCACCACGCAUUGGCUCUAAGGGUGAACCACAGGGUCGACCGGAGGGUCGACCGGAGAGUCAGAGUGGACCAUAUGGUGGAUCACAGGUUGGACCACAGGGUGGAGCACUCCUUAGCCAAAGCGUGCGCUGAGGCAUGCUCUCUUCGUCAGGGCCUACAAGUCUGAUGACUGUGGUCGUGAAGACAGUGUCUGACAGUGAGAAAAAAACGAGUCUUAGGAGGUCCCAAGGGUAUACUCGAUACCCUGCAGUUGGAAUUUGCAUACUUUUUAAAAGUAAGUAUUUUUAUUUUCCCAACUAUAUGAUGUGUGACCCAUUUCAUAUCUUUAAUUUUUAAAACAGCAAAGUUGGUUACUCUCAAAAGGGACUAGUCACUCAAGUUUUUCACUGUAAUUCACUAAUUUUUUUCUUUGUGAUGGCCUUGCAAUUUAGUCCCCAUUUGUUACGCUCUAAUCAAAGAUAUAAUUAUAAAAUUUGUUGCCAUGAAAAGUUUCAAACUAUUUACUCAUUUACCUAGUGAGGAUAGUGAAAGUUUAUAGAAUAGUUGUAAAAUGAACCCCUCCAUAAGAGUAGAGAGUACAAUGGUAUAUGACAGAUCCAGUACCAAUGAUGAGAAAUCAUAAUACUACUUCUAGUUUGGGUCUUAAGCUUCAGCUUAAGCACUAUUACUAUUAGUGAUUAAAUUCAUUGUAGACUACAAAAACCAUUUAAUGUUACCAUUUAUAUUAGAUAUUUAUUGAAUGUUUGUCAAAGUGCUUUUUUUUUCUUGCUUUAAAAAAAACAAACAAAUUAUGACUUGAAUCAUUUGACCUGUUUUAUUGCUUGACCUCAUUAUUCUGAUUUAGUAGCUUCUGUACUUCUUAGUCACAUUCCUUGAUGCUUACGUCAUAAUUAAGGGUCAGGUGACAAUUUGACUAUGCUAGUCAUUAAUUGAACCUGCUGCAAUAAGUGGAAAAUAAGUAGAAGCAGUAAAGUGUCUAGUACUGAACACAGAUAAUUCAUUAAGAGCAUGUUUUUAAUACUCACAAUUUUCUGAGUUAUAUGUUUUGACUUGCUGCCAUGCAGCAAAAAAGAAAAGAAGCAUUUUUUUCUAUUUCAUUAAUGAAACAGUUCAAGCAGUCAAGCAAGUAUUACUAGAACAGUCUUGCUUACUCAAAAAUACAAACUCUUUGUUCAGUGCUCUACCUUAUAGUCCAGUCACAGCAAGCAACUUUUGAAGUCAUGGAUUGGUAAACCUGUCUCUAGUCUAAGGACACGCUCAAACUGUAUUGAAUUGUACAUAGAGUAGUAAAGAAACUAAGCUGGAUUAAAAAUGCCAGCCAAAAAAAGUUUCAUGAAUGGUGUAAAUAGCUUGCAGUUUUACCUAGUAAGUAAUCUAAUUGUAACAUCCUAUAUACCCUAUUUUCAAAACAGACACAACUGGAAAAUGUACCCCAGCGAGCAAUCAUCAAUCAAACUUACAUCAAAUUGACGAGAGUCGGUCAAAAUUUCAUUAAAACUGGAGCAUUUUUACAUCAAAAUUUCAUUACUGACGGAAAACUGACGUCAAAUUGAUGUGCUAUAGUUGAGCAUUGCUCGCUGGGUACCACAAUAUCAUCUAGCAAGAAAUUGCAUAAUUUGACAGAGGGCCAAGAACAAAAGUCACAUCUUUAAAUUUGUUUAAUUUUUUUUUUGGAAUGACACUGAAGUUAUGGAUUUUGAGAUUAAUUAAGGGUAGGACUGUUGCUAUAUAAGGUAAAGUCUUCGGCAGAUCUGUCUGUGAUUGGUUUGUAUGGAUAUUUAUAAUUGUGCUCUACAUUCAGAUAGAGAAUUAGAUAUUAGAAUGUAAAAAACAGUAAAGUUGCUUUAAAUAUGAUUUUGCCAAGUCUGUUGACUCAAAUGAAUGCAGAAUAAGUAAAGAGCUCAUAAUUUCUGAACCUUUUUAGUCUUAUUUGUAGAAUAGAUUAUUCUGUCCCAUGAGCUAUGCUGUCCAAUGAUAGUAUGCACAUUAUUCUCUGUAACUCUUUCCACAAUAUAGUACAAAUUGAUAUGUGUGUGUGUGUGUGCGCGCGUAUGAAUGGGUGCGUGCGUGUGAAUGUGUGCGCGUGCGUGUGCCUUAAAGUGGAUUUCUACCCAAAUUAAAAUUGCUAAUACAAAGUAGAGGUUUUUAAAAGUACUGGUUUCUCAAAAUUUCUUCUAGGUUUCAGAUGGAGUAAUCUUUUCAUCUUUCUGCAACCUGUUCCAUGUUCGUCUUCUUAAUUUCUUAGCACUGCAAACUUCACUACAUGUGAUAAUUUGUGUUGUUGUUACAUAUGUAUUGGAACUGUCACAUUCUUUUGUCUUCAAGAGCACUUUCAUGAAGUUAAAAAGAGUUCCUUCACAAUUUAAAACUGACUACUGUAUUUCUAAUGCUGUAACAUUAAAAUCUUUUGAUGUAUGUUACAGUAAAUCAUUUUUUAAAGCAAUCAUUAAAUAAAGAGAAGUGCAAAGUGA